CACUUAGAGAUUGCCUGUGUGACGCUGCUCGAGUGCUCUCUGAUUGUGUACCAGGAAGGAAGCAGGUGUGAAAGUAAAGAGCUUGAUGUUGAAAUAAGGAACCUGAUAGAGAAGAGUAAUGCUUACCAGACAUGUGAGGAUCCCAGUCCUAUUGCCCAAGAGAGUCCGAACUCUCAGAGAACUUCGUGUUCCCUUAAGACCCGCAGUGAAACAAAUGCUCAAGGCCGUUCUGGAUGUGCGUGGGCAGUUGUGAGUGACAUGGAAGCCCCAGCAGACCCACUAGAAUCAAGGCACGUAUUACUGACCAAAAAGAAGACAAUAUCAGCCAUUCCUCUGGAACAACAGAUCCUCUCACUGGAAAAGCAGAAACGAGAGCUUCUGGAGGUGAACAAGCAAUGGGAUCAUCAAUUUAGAAGUAUGAAACAGCUUUAUGAAAAACAGCUGGCAGAAAUGAAAGCAAAACUGGACGUGUCAGAGAGGAGAGUCAGUGAGCUGGAGGGAGAGAGACAUCGUCUACAUCCAGAAGAUGAGAGGUUGCGAGCCCUGGGCAGAGAGAGGCCGUUGCAGGAAACGAAAGAAACAAAGGUUCUUAGUGAAGCUCUCCAUGAAAUGAAGGAAGAGAACAAGCUCCUGAAGCACAAGAAUGCCUCAAUGAUCAGAAAGAAAGAACACUAUGAGUGUGAAAUAAGUCGUCUCAAUAAGGCCCUUCUGGAUGUGUUGAAAAAACAGCGCUCACCUGUUCUUGGGACUCCUUCAGAGAACGGUGACAGGAACAGCGUUGAGGACAUGAGAACCCAACUUGACGUUCUCAGACAGCAGGUACAAAUAUAUGAAGAAGACUUCAGAAAGGAGAGAUCUGACAGAGAAAGACUUAAUGAGGAGAAAGAAGCAUUGCAGAAAAUUAAUGAGAGAUUACAAUCUCAACUGAAGAAACUAAACUCUCAGGUAUGAGUCAAAAGAAAGUUACCAUUGCCAGCACAUCCAGACUAUCAGUGGUAUGUUCCUGACCAGUUUCCGCCAGAUGUGCAGCACAAGGCAAAUGAUUCAUCCUCGGAGAAGGGAGCCCAUCGCUGA